CUUUCUCUUCGUCGACCCUGUUUCUCGGCCGCGGGCGGCUGUGCGCGCGCGCCGGAGUUGGGACCUGUACGCGGCUGCCUGGCCAGACCCGGGGCCGUGUCGCGGUGGCCGCAGUCUUUUGGUGCCGACUCCGUGGACGUGGGCGGCGGACAGACCAUGAGCGCGCGGAGGUAGUAGCGGCUCACGGGGGAGGGGCGGUCCGCUGGAGUCGCCACGAUGCUGCGAUGCCGUCGGUUGCGGGACCCGGGAGGACAGCACCAUGAGUCCGGCCAGCAGUGGUGGCGACGGGCCUGGAAGAGCUUCGUCAUCUGCCCGUCCCGGUGCCGCCGACCGCCGCUUGCCUCAUGGCCAGCGCGGACGGCGGUCUUCGACGCCAACGCGGCAGUCGCUGCCUCAGCCGUUGCGACGUGGCACUGGGACGUCGUCGCCGGCCUUGGCCACCGUUGUCUGUUGCUUCCUCGUCACCUGGACCAGGCAGGCCGAAGGCAGCCGCGCGGCUCGAGGCAUCAUGGCCAACACCAGCAGCCUCCUGGAUAGCCUGCUCUCGGAGAAGAACUACAACCGCCAAUUCAGACCAGGAUUCGGAGGUCCCCCGACGGAGAUCCUCACGGACAUUCUCAUCAGAAGCUUCGGGCCGGUGUCGGAAAACGAGAUGAUGUUUUCGAUGGACUGCUACUUCCGGCAGACGUGGUACGACCGCCGGCUCAGCUUCCACGGCGACACCAAGGUGCUCUCGGUCAGCUGGCAGUUCCUGGAGCUCGUAUGGACGCCAGACACGUACUUCUUCAACGGGAAGAGCUCCUAUCUCCACAAGGUCACCGUGCCAAACAAGUUCGUCCGCCUGUUCCACGACGGUCGACUCAUGUACUCCAUGAGGCUUACCAUAAAAGCAAGCUGCCCAAUGCACCUCCGGAAGUAUCCACUGGACACGCAGGCCUGUCCGCUGGAGAUCGGAAGUUUUGCCUAUUCGUCGAAAGAAGUGGUGUUCAAGUGGAAAGGUCCGGAACCCGUUGUGAUAUCACCCGACGUCACCCUGUCACAAUAUGAAUUUCUGAAUGUCACAGUGACCAACUUGACUACGUAUGGACCCGGCGGCGAAGUACGUUCUUCACUCAUGGCCCGCUUCAUCCUAAGCCGUCGGCGUGGCUACUUCAUCCUUCAAAUUUACGCACCUUGCUCCAUGAUCGUCGGUGCCUCCUGGGUUGCGUUCUGGAUCAACCGCAGCGAUGCCGCUGGCCGCGUCGCUGUAGGCGCCACCACAGUGCUGACACUGGUGACGAUGGGCUUCGGGGGCCGUGCGUCGCUCCCCAAAGUGGACUACGCGACGGCGCUCGACUGGUUCAUCAUCAUGUGCUUCACCUUCGUGUUCACGGCACUCGUCGAGUACGCAUGCGUCAACUACAUCGAGCGCUUCCUCCUCAACCGCGAGCGCAAGCGACUCGAAGCCCUCGCUCAGAAGGAGGAGCGCCGAGAUCUCGCUAAGGAGCUCAAAGAGCCCGGCCAGGAGGAAACGGCGGACAACGCGACGUCCGACUCGGAAAACAUCCGGCUCCGUCUCGAGCAGGCCGAGGAGGAAGCGGCGGCGGCGGCGGGAGCGGAAGACGCCUCCACGCGGCAACGCCGCCUCCAUCGCGGAGUCCCCGCGCUGGGUUUGGCGCGAUUCGGCUUCCGCUGGUGGGGCCCCAAGCAGCGGCUGGGCGACAGCCACCCGGACACGGCGUACGCGCGGUGCAGUCGUGGCGUCGGCGGCCCCGCGCCAUCCUCGAGGGAGCAGCGCCUCACUCCGAGCGAAGUGGCCGGUGAAUUGGACGCCUGGGCGCGCAUCAUCUUUCCCCUCACGUUCACCGUGCUCAAAAUCCUGUACUGGACGCUGUUCCUCUACUUCGUGGACGACGAAAUCCCCGAGGACCCGCCUUCACAAAACUGAAUCUCUCUCUUUCCGCUCUUUCUCUGUCUCCUUCUCCUUUCCUUCCUUUUUUUUUCUUUUUAGUCCUGUGUAAGAGGUGUCCACCGCCCGUGUUAAAACGCCUUCUCUCUCCGGUUAAACGUUCGACUUCUAACGAGGACGCUGUGCGCCACGUUUGCUCUCCGAGUCUGUCACUCUACGUGACAGCUGACUCUUCUGUGUGCGUGGUGCCGCGUGAAUCGGUGUUUUGUUUUCCCUGUGGUGUUAAACUGUAGUGUGGCCUGCGCUGUCACUAUGUUGUCCGCGUGCGCCGCCGCACGUGCUGGGAGUUCGUGAUGACGCGACGAACAGUGCUCCCGAAAGGAACGCCGCGCGCAUUCACGGCCCUUCCGGGAAACAACGAACCGCUGGAAGUAGACGAAGGAGAGGAUUGGAGAACGGAAGCGUUCAGCGCCGUCUUGGGCUGUUAAGUCACUGCCGUCGUACUCGGAAAUCGGCUGCAUUUUUUUUUCUUCUUCUUUGAGCAUUGGUGCGCUGACAGCUUCGGGCUUCGCAAUCAGCUUUUUCCAUCGAGCGUGGCUCCCCGCAUUAAUGGAAGAAAACAAUGCCAUGUGAAUCCAUUGCAAGUGUUGUGUUGUGCGAACAGCCGUAUCUAUUACACGGCGACUACACCUGAUCCCCCGUGGUGGCGUAGUCGCUUUCGUGUUGCGCUGCGAAGCCCGAGGGCGCGUGAUCAAAUCCCGGCCGCAGCGGCCCCAUUUCAAAAGGGGCCAAAUGCAACAUGCCUGGACCGUACAUUUGGUGCGCGGUAAGAACCUCAGGUGGUCAACAUUAACGCGCAGUCCCCCACUACGGCGUGCAUCAUAAUCAAAUCGGGGUUUUGGCACGUAAUAUCCAAGAAUUAAAUUUGUUUAACCACGCAAGACGUAUAGCGGCGUAUUUCCAGCAUUGCGUCAUCCGGCGUCAGAGCGUCGAUAUUACGUUUAGCGCUUAGUGCGCGUAGUGCAGGUCGCUUCAUGUGGUUAGCACGUGCAUCGGCCAUGACAGAAGCGCGAAUAUUGCGUCACGGCGUGAAGUGAGCUCGACCACGCCGGAUGACGCAACGUCGAAAGUACGUCGAAAAUGUGCUGAAUGUGGUUGCCCCUCCUAGCGCUCAGCGGAAGGUGAAAUUGACGUUGACAGUUGACGUAUCAAUUGGUUGGUACUCGUGAGCGCGAGAUAUAGUGCAACAAGGCCACCACGCUGCUUCAAACAAUUUUUUUUUUUUGACCGGUUCCCGGCGCGUCCGCCGCCAGCUUACUAGUUCGCUGUUCCCAUACAAGCAUGCGCCUUGCGCAAAUAGUCGCGCGGGCACUCUUUGUACUCUUGAAAAGGGUUAUCUACUGUAGCGUUAUCAGUAUUAUAUAUCAACCUAAUGUGGCACUGGGGUAGGGGAUAGGAGCCGCGCUCUGGCCAUUCAGGACUGCUCUCUGGACUGUGCUCAAGACUGAGCAAACAAUGUUUUGACAGAACUGUUUUGUUGGCCUUGUAGGUGUUUGCUGAAGGACAUGUUUUUUUGCCGCAAGUUGAUCGGACAGACCGGGCACUGCAUAAAUGAACGAGCCAGGGAACCCGACCUAAAUCUAAUGAGAGAUGGCGUGGCACAUUUGCCAGUGCACUGCAAGGCGUGCAUGUGUCAACCACGUUUUCAGGAAAUUUAAGAUUCUCGGUAGGAAGCAGAAAUCAGACAGAACGUGAGCUAAUGGAAGCUUACUAUAUAAAAAAGAAGCUCAAGCUGUAUUAGCAAUAUUUCUGUUAUCCUUUACCAAUCGGAGACGAUAUCGUUCGACGUCUGGAAAUCGUAGAUUUGUGCGCUGCCUGCGCAGGCGCGCAUGUCUAUAUAUUCCUGGGUCAGCAACCAAUAUAAAUCAGUUUGAAGGUGCCGCCUAUGCCGUCGUCUAUGUUUCUUGCAUUUGUGGGUGUCUUGAUUUGCGGCAAAAAGCAUGUCCUUAAAUGUUUUGACGCGGAGAAAUAUGUGGCGGAAAGACACGUACGUUCGCAUGAUUGCACUCCCGAUUCAAAGACGCCGGCAGCAACUUCCACUCCAGUGCCAAUUUACUUUAUAAGAGUAUGUAGGACAAAAUGCGGCACUGCAAUCGUUCAUCCACCAUGGAAACUGUGAGUAGCAUGUGAAAUUUUGUACUGCUGGUUUAGCAGCUAAGACGAGAAAGUACUUUUUGCGCUUCUUUUAUUGUUAUUCAAGGCUGAAUUGUGCUGUGUAUUUGCAUCGCAACAUUUGUCCUCUGCCCUUCAUUGUUUACCGCUCACAAGCCAUCAAACCUAAGAAAACAUUUCUCAGAAUUAAUAAAUCAAGAUUGU